UUAUUGCGGGAAAGCAACGAAAGCAAACUUCAUGCCAGUUGAUCCAGUGAAUAUGAGUAGGCCUAAACGAAAGUUUGUCUUGGACGACUCCUCUGCCAGCGACGCCAAAAGGAGCAUGGCCAUGGUUUAUCGCUUCCCAGUCUUAAAAGUUAACGGUGAGACGCCCAUGAGGGAUAUUUCGAAUCAUCAUUUCUGGUAUUUUCAUCCAAACUCACUGACUUGUGGUGAAACCCAGUAUGAUAUUGACUGGCUGCAUUCAUCACAGUUACCUAAAGCUACAGAUGCUGAACAGAGUCAUCAACUUAAAGCAUUUUGGAGGUCUGCAGCAAGUUUUCUUGCACCACUAAAACACCUUGUCUUUGAUGUGACAUCAAAAAUGUGGUAUUGCCCCACAUUGGUUAAAGAGUCACUUUCAAUGUCGGAGUCGGUAAUAACAGAAGGAUUCACAUCAGAAAUGUCAAACAGCCGAGGAAGAGGAAUGGUCCAUCACACUUUGUUUAAACUGCUGGGAAACGAUAACAGGGUUGUGAUGAAUUGUGGAGGUGGAAGACUCAACAAUGAACCUUCAGUACGUAACAUAACAUUCAAUUACACAGUAGUCCAUGACGAAAUAUUUCAUUUCCCAGAAUCAUCAAGGACUUCAUCUCGCUUUUCUCAUCCCAAAGAUAAUCAUGGAGAGCAGGAAGUUAACUGCCCACAGCAACAUGUUAGGACAUUUGUGUCGGAUAUCAUUGUGGAAGAAAAAGAUACAGAAACCAAGGAAGUCAAAGAGACUCUUGUUGUUGAUGUGAAAAAAGGCUUACAUCUAACCUACAUCGAUGAGUGCCAACUUAAAUAUAAACUUUUACCGUCCGCGCUGAAACAGAAGUCUGCACUGGGAUUAUUAAUCUGUGCCAAGGAGGGAAUUCUGAUGAAAUAUUCAGUUAUAGACCAAAGUUUGCAGUUAAGACAGAAUCGCUAUAAGUUUAAAGAUAAUGGUUUACCUGAAGACAUGGUAGAACUGAUGUGUGAUCUCCAUUAUAACAUAUAAAUGUCAUGACAGUGAUCAGACUCUGGUUCAGUUCUCCUCUCAUACUUCGUUUAGUGACGUUCAGAAUAACGACUAAGUAUCCAAUGUUUAGGAUGCAUCUAGAAGUAAUUGUCAAAUUGUCCAAUCGUUUCUAUAAGUUGUUUCAGACUUUGUCCAAAGUCGUUUCUGUUGUUAAUUCUGGUUACUUUUACAUGGGCAACAAAAAAUCUUUUCAGUACAAA